UUUCUGAUACAAAGAUAGCGCUCAUCACUUUUUUUAAUUUAUAUGCCUAGUUUAAUAUAGGAAUGUUUUUUUUUUAAACUUGUGUCUUUUUGUUUUGAAGCAAAACAUCGACAGUAUGCUGUUUAAAGUGCAGUACCAACAUCACAGAAAGUACAUAAAGCUUACUGGAUCGUCUUAUGAUUCUGUAAUCAAGGAUGUCAAGCAGAAGUUUGACAUCUCCACAGAUCGUAAGGUUUAUUUAGCUGAUGAGACUGGAACAGAAGUAGAUGAAGAUGUUUUUGCUGACAUAAUUGAGCAAAAGCCUGACACUCUCUGGAUGGUAGUUGAUGCUGUGGCUGUAGCAGACUCCCCUGCACACACAAGCUAUCCAUCUUCAAAUAAGACCAAUACACCAUCACUUAAUUCAGUUGCAUCAUCGUCAGACACACAGCCAUCAGACAGCGAUGGUCCUUUCUUUCCACCUAAAAGAGCUCGUUGUGAUGACCAUUUGCAAGAAGCUAAGGAGCUUGUGAAAAGUGUUUUAGAAAAAAAGCCUGCUGGGGAGAAGAUAUUUCAGGAAUACGAAACAACUGGGAAAAUCACAGAUUCCACAAGACGGAUUCUUGUGAACGCAUUAGUUGGAGACAUGAUUGAUAAAUAUGGGAGUAUUCCACCUAAGGACAUCAGAGUUAAAUAUGCAGUUGGGAUUGUGACUCUGUUUCCCUCUCUCAAGGAUCCCUAUUCCAGAAAAGGCUAUGAACACUUCUAUGAUGCAGAAGGUAACUCCGGAUAUAUAGCAUGGAGACUGAAGACAGUUCAACGUAACAACCGUUGCAGCAGAACCACUUCUGAUGAUAAAUGUGAGAGGAGGGGUCCUCGAACCGAAAGAGUGUUUUCCACAACAGAAAAGCAGCUAGAAGGAGAUCGCUGUCAAGAAGCCAUUUCAUUUUUGAAACAUUGUUCGGAUCCAGAACAAGUGACUGCAAAGAUGAAAUCUACUUUCCAGUUUCGCCAAAAAAUGAUCCAUGAUCCUGAAAAAUCCUCAUCUGUUCUUUCCUUAUUUCCAAGGUUUCUUGACACAAAAGGACUUGUGCUUCAAGACUUUGAGUUACUAUUUGGAGUGGAGACUGCAUCUAAACUUCUGGAGAAGUGGGACUCUACUCUGAAGCCAAAAACCUCACCCAGUCACUGCUUUUGA